UAUUUUUUUUAUUUAUUUUAGGUUAUUUAUAAAUUAAACAUAAGAUAUAAAAUUGGCUUUCUUCUUUCUGCUUGCUCAUAUUUGUGUGCAUAUCUAUUUUUAUUAUGUGUUGACUGCAUAUGCAAAAGAUUGGAGAAGAAAUAUAAAUACUUUCAGCAAAGCAGAAAUUAACUGUGACAAAUAGGACAAUGAUAAAUAAAUUACUAUCCAAAAAAGCUCGUGCAGUUUCUCGUGGAGUUAUUUCUCCUGCUUGCAAUGAAUCAAUGGAAUGUAUUGAUGAACAUGAAAGUGAAGUUAAAAAUUCAAAAGUUGCAAAUAUUUUUCAAGCAAGAAGUUCUGAAUUAUUAUCAGGAGGUGCAUCAAGACAAUCAGAUGCUAUUAAUUAUCCUAAGAAUGCAGAGAAACGGAAAAGAAAGAAAACAUUUACUUUUAGAAAUUCUAUAUUAGAAGCAGUACCAUUUCCGUCAAUCAAAAUUGAAAACUUAUACAAGAGAUAUUUCUUCCGCUUAAAUCAAAAUUUUAUAAACUGGUUUUUAGUGUUGUUAAUUGUUAUUUCAGCCAUAGAGAUUGGUCUUCAUUUUACUUACAACAUAAAAAGAUUGUUUCGUUUUGCCAGAGGUACUUAUCUGGCUAUACAGACUUCAAUAUAUGCAAUAUUAUUGAGCAUCUCAAACUGGAGAGGAGCUUCUGGCCGGAUGCUUAUUGUUAUUUCUGGUGUGAUAGUAUUUUCAAACUGUCUGACAAUUGUCUUUAAUUCAGUAUUACUCGUUGAUGUUCAUCAUGGUCUGACGGAGUCAUUAUCGUUUACAAUGUUUUCAAUAUAUAUGGUUUAUGUUAUGCUUCCUUUACAGACCCGUGUGUCGAUAUUUUGUGGUUUGUUAUUAACCGUUACUCAACUUGUAGUCAGUGUGGCCAGUGAAUCUAAUUCGACCCAUAUAGGACGAUUAACCACAGCAAAUGUGCUGCUAUGUAUAGCUGUCAAUAUUGCUGGAAUUUUCACACACUAUCCCUCUGAGCAGGCUCAGAGAAAAGGAUUUUUAGAGACAAGGGGAUUUGUUCAAACAAGGAUAAAUUUACAAACAGAAAAUGAGGAACAGGAACGCUUGUUGUUAUCCGUAUUACCUAGACAUGUGGCCACAAAAAUAAAAGCUGACAUUGAACUAGAACAGGAGCGGACUGGUCAAUUCAGUAAAAUUUACAUUCAAAGACACAUCAAUGUAAGCAUUUUGUUUGCAGACAUCGAAGGUUUCACACAGCUUGCUUCACAAUGUACUGCACAUGAACUGGUUAAAACGUUAAAUGAGCUUUUUGCAAGAUUUGAUCAAUUAGCAGUGAAAAAUCAUUGCAUGAGAAUAAAAAUCCUUGGUGAUUGUUAUUACUGUGUCUCAGGAUUGCCUGAAGCUCGACCAGAUCAUGCUCAUUGCUGUAUCAAUAUGGGUCUUGAUGUCAUUGAUGCUAUAUCUAUUGUGAGAGAUGCUACAGGUGUCAAUCUAAACAUGCGGGUUGGUGUGCACACGGGAAAUGUUCACUGUGGGGUGCUUGGAUUAAAAAAGUGGCAAUAUGAUGUUUGGUCAACAGAUGUGACUAUAGCAGGUCAUAUGGAAUCGGGUGGCAUGCCUGGGCGGAUUCACAUUACCAAAGCUGUUUACGAAGAAGUGAAGAAUGAUUUUAAGGUUGAGGAAGGUAAUGGUUGUAGUCGUGAUGCAUAUUUAAAGGAACAGAACAUUCACUCAUACUUCAUUAUGCCAGCUGGUAAAGAUACUGAAAUGAUAGCAGUUGACGAUCCUAAUAAGAAAGGACCAAGAAAAGGUUCAGUUGUAGCAAAUUUGUGGGCUGCCCAGCCAUUUUCGAAAAAGUUUUUUGAGGAUGUGGAUGAUGAUCAAGAAUUGAAAGAGAAAAAAAUGAGAGCAAGGUUGGGAAUAACAACAGUGUUAUCGAACAGCUUGUCCCAUCCUGACGAUGCUGUGAAUGAAUUUUUGGAAAGAGCUAUUGAUGCCCGAAGCGUUGAUCAAUUAAAAAGAGAGAACCUUCGUCCAAUAUUUUUAAAAUUUUAUAAAAAAGACUUUGAAGACAAGUAUAACGAAGACACAGAUACGAUGUUUUUCCCCAAUAUGGUUUUUUCUGCAUUCGUUUUCAUUGUCAUCAUUUGUGUCAAUCUUAUUGUUCUUCCAAGAUCAGCUGAGAAUCUUUAUGUAUAUUUGGGUGUUUUCCUCUUUCUGCUUUUGUUGAUGUUAGCAAGUUUUGCUCACAAAAAGCAGAAACUUGAGCCAGAGUUAUCACAAAAAAUAGCUAAAAAUCAAACCAUGUUGUAUCGGUGUAUUUCGUUCUUGGUUUUGGCAUUGAUUUACGUUGCUGCUAUAUCAAAUUUAUUUUUAUGUAAUGUAGACGAAAGAGCAAUCAAGGACUGUCAAGUUAAAAAUGAAAGUUAUUUGCAAAAUUAUAUUCAACCUGAUAUUAACAAAAAUUGUAUAUACCCACAGUAUGUCUCUUUCUCUGUCUUCAUGGCUAUGAUCACAGGUGCUGUAUUUUUAAAUUUCCUCUCCAUCCUGAAGACUAUUAUCCUAUGUAUUAUGGCUUUGCUGUAUAUAUUAUUGGUGGCUUUAAAAUAUAAAACGCUUUUUGAUUGGCAUGAUUCUGUUCUGUUUUGUCGGAGAGAUCAUGAUCAGCAUGUACCUUUAUAUAUUGAAACUGUCACCAUGACAAUUUAUCUACUGUUUGGACUUGUUGCCUAUGGUUACAUGCAUGAAAAUAUUUCCAGACUUGAUUUCUUGUGGAAAGCACAAGCAACUCAAGAACGUGAUGAAAUGGAAGAUAAAAGAAAAUAUAAUAAAAAACUUUUACACAAUAUAUUACCUAUUCAUGUGGCUGAACAUUUUCUUCAACACAAAAACGAGGACUUAUACGCUCAAGCUUGUUCCAGUGUUGCUGUGAUGUUUUCCAACAUAUGCAAUUUUUCCGAUUUCUAUCUGGAAUUAGAAGCUACUGGUGAUGGUUUAGAAUGUUUGCGUGUGUUGAAUCAAAUCAUCGUCGACUUUGAUAAUUUGUUACAAGACAAAAAAUUCAAAUCCAUCGAGAAAAUCAAAACAAUCGGUGAAACUUAUAUGGCAGCUUCUGGUUUGAAUCUUCAAUCGGUUGUUAGCGAAGAACUUCAAACUUAUGAUCAUGUUGAAGAAAUUGCAGCUUUCACUAUGGCUAUGAAUGAAACAUUAGAUGCAAUGAACCAAAAUGCUUUCAAUAACUUUAAACUGAAAACAGGUUUGAACUUCGGACCUGUGGUAGCUGGUGUAAUUGGCGCGAAAAAGCCUCAGUAUGACAUUUGGGGAGACACUGUGAAUGUGGCAAGUCGAAUGUACAGUACUGGUAAACCCAACUGUAUACAGGUGACACAAAGUAUUUACAAUCUUCUUUCGAAACGAGGCUACAUAUUCGAGUGUCGGGGCCUCGUUCCUGUGAAAGGAAAGGGAAAGAUGGUAACCUAUUGGUUGAAAGGAAAAGAAGGGGUGUGACGACGAAGCCAUAAGCUGACAAGAUUAAUGAUAAACGGUGGUUGUUCUCUGAGUACGCACUUCUCCACGUCAUAUGUUUACGCAUUAUUCCCUUCUCGAUGUUUUGCGCUAAAUGACGUCAUGUUGAUUUGAUUUGUGCAUGUGGCUAUAAUCGUCAUUUUAAACAGGUUCUAUGGCUGUCUCAUAUCCUCGUUUAGUACAAACUUUAACGCAAUGACGAAUCGAACGAAGUAACUAGGCUCCGUGGAGGAAAACGUUAACUGGUUUCGUUGAUUUUUUACAUAACGACGUUACCUGAACGACAUAGUAUCCAAAAUAUUUCCCUUCUCACCAACGCAAUUUUUUUUAAUAUGUAUUUUAUAAUCGCUCGAUUGAAUUUUUUUUUUAUUUUCUGUAUUUAUUCACUUAUUUGCAUGUCUGCGUAGUUCUUAACCGUUUAGCUAAGCUACUGGUGCGUGAUUGUGUAUUUUUUUGUGUUUGUGUGUACUUUAUAUUCGUGUAUAUUUCGUUGUUUUUUGCGUCCGUGUCGAUUUUAGAAUAUUUUUUAAAAAUUAAAUUUUGUUGUUACGUUGAUUACUUUCGUGAAGUUCAUCAUGUUAUAUUUCAAGCACUCGUCUAAAGAUUUGCCUUUGUUGACAUAAAAAUUGUUGGUAAUUCGCCAUUUCAAAUAAUGAGUUUUGGAAAUCAACUUCUGUGCUUCGGUGUCUACGCGUUACAUAAUGUAACGUAGUAGUUAGCAGCUGAUUGAUGCUUUUAUGUAGCCACUUCGUUCUUUAUUUUCACUUUUCAAAGCAUAUGAAUACCUUUUUAAAUUUCUGGGGAUAAUAAAUGCUGAGAAGAUUUCGGUAAACUUUGUCACAGGUUAGCUAAUGUUUUCUUGUUUCAUGACGUAAUUUCUCGUAAACAUCUACGAACCCUCUGUUGUGGUGUGAAUAUGUUGUACAAUAUUUUUGUAUAAAACGAAUUACAUACAUCAAUCUACAA